AGGGAAACAGAGAACAGUCUUGUAGUAAAAACUAAAAAGUGAACACCGGCUCGAAAACAUUCGCUCUCUCCCGAAAAUGCCACCACCUCCAAAUCCCUUUCAGACUCUUAUACCUCUUCUAUUCACACUAGUAACCACGGCCACUUCACACACCUCCUCCACUUCUUCUCCGUCUCCGUCACAGGCACAGGGGGCAUCGGAAUGGCGAUCGGCGAGAGCUACAUAUUACGCGGCGUCGGACCCUCGGGACACUGUUGGGGGAGCCUGCGGGUACGGGGACCUAGUUAAGGCCGGGUACGGGCAGGCCACGGUGGGGCUGAGCGAGUCUCUGUACGAGCGCGGCCAGAUCUGCGGUGCCUGCUUCGAGCUUCGGUGCGUGGAGGAUCUCCGGUGGUGCAUCCCUGGAACAUCCAUAAUCGUCACUGUUACUAACUUCUGUGCACCUAAUUACGGUUUCCCCGCUGAUGGUGGUGGCAAAUGUAAUCCUCCAAACAAGCAUUUUGUGCUCCCUAUCGAGGCAUUCGAGAAGAUCGCCAUCUGGAAGGCUGGGAAUAUGCCAAUCCAGUAUCGCAGGAUCAAAUGCAGAAAGGGUGGAGGAAUUCGAUAUACUAUCUCUGGAUCAGAAAUUUUCAUUUCCGUGCUCAUUACUAAUGUUGCUGGUGCGGGAGAUAUUACUGGUGUGAAGAUUAAAGGUUCAAAAACAGGUUGGCUUGCAAUGGGUAGAAAUUGGGGCCAGAACUGGCAUAUCAAUGCUGACCUAAAGAAUCAACCCCUUUCAUUUGAGGUCACUAGUAGUGAUGGGCUCACAGUUGCAUCUUACAGUGUUGCUCCUAAAAACUGGGAGUUUGGACAAACCUUUGAAGGUAAGCAAUUUGAGUCCUGAAAGAGUGGCCCUAAAUGGGUAAACCAUAGAGAUGGAAUUUUCCUUUUGUUUCCUUGCGCGGGUGAAAGGUGUAGGGAUUGGCGUGUUUUCUAUUUGGAGGAAAAUUACACUAGAAUGCAAUGAUUUGAUUAGUACAUAAGGAUUAUGGCAGAAAUAUAUACUAAGAGGAGCUGCAAUUAUGUAUCUGAACAAAAAUUUCCCGAGUUAAUUAAAAUCUGCAUCGGAUUCUUCUUUA